AAAUAUGAUUAUGAGAGAAAGGGAGGAAGCAGGAAGAAGAAAGGAGGGGCAGAAAAAUAUUUUGGGGGAAAUUGAGGGACAGAAUGAACUGGAGAUAGAACAGGAGAGAGAGAUGGAAGAAAAGCAGGAAGUGAUUAAGGAAGCAGAGGAAGUGUACAGGGAAAGAGAAGAGAGAGGAAAGGAAGUAAGCAUGAAGAAACAUGUAGUAGUUAAUGUUAAAGCAAAAGCACGGGAAGUCUUCAAUAGGCGUAAAGAGAGGAGGUUAGAAGUGUUGAAGGGGGAACGAGAACACAUAGAAAGAGGACAACAAAUCAGGAGGGAGAAGGAAGAAAGACGGCUGGAGAUGGAAAGAAAACAGGAGAGGGCAAGACAACAAGAGGAGCAGGAUAGAAAACAAGACAUUGAAAUUGCUAGACAGAAAGAAAUGUUCAGACUAAGAGAGGAGGAGAGGCAGAGAGAGGAAGAGAGAGAGGAGCAGAGAAAGAGAGCCAUUGAAGGCCAUUUAGCUUUAAUCAGAGAGAGAGAGAAGAUUUUAGAGGUAAAGAAGGACAUUCUCCCACCCGAUAAAAGUAUCCGAAGGAGAGCUGUGGGCUGGGUAAACAAGAAGUGGGAGAAGAGAAACCUCAAAAAGAUAGAGAGAACCUGUCAGAGAGAAGCUGAGGAGGGCGAUAAGAUCGUCCACAUAGUCAUCCCUGGACCCAUAAGGCUAACCAUGACCCGGGCAGAGAGAGAGAGGGAGAAGAGGAAGGAGCUGCUGAAGGCUGAGGAGAGAAGGAAGAAGUUGGAGGAUUUCAAUAAGCAGUGGAGAGUGCAGUCGCUGCUUAAAAAACACACUCAUCAACAACUGAAGGAGGAGAGGGAGAAGAUGAAGGAAAAGUACCUGGAGCAGAUUAAUCUGGAGGCUGAUGAGCAAAUCCAGAAGUUCAGCACCCAGUACAUCACCCGGUGUCCAACCACCCAACACAGCCACGACUACAACCACGGUCAGGAAUUGCCGGGGUGGGCGACAGGCCAACAAGUAAGCCAAGAGCCUGUUGCAUCUGGAGAUGGCCAGCAGGAGGGGCCAAGGAGGCAACAGGCAUGGGCAGAGAACCAGGAGGAGAGUUCAGAGAACCAGCAGGAGGGGCCAGAGAACCAUCAGGGGGGGCCAGACAGCCAGCAGCUAGAAGCUCCAGAAGAGGUUGAAACAUCAGAGCCAACCUCCAACAACAAGAAAAAGCCAAGCAUCUGGAAGAGAAUUAAGAUGGGGUAA